AUGCUGGUCUAUUACUUCUUCAUCUCCCUCUGGGCACUGCUCGUCUCGGCCGACUUCGAUGUCUACUUGGUCACUAGUGCCUCGAAUCCCGGAAAACCGUUCGUCGCCACCGUCGGCUGGCAAAUCGUCGACCCAAGCCGGGACUCCUGCCCUGACCCCGCGCACACGCGCAUGAUCCUUGACAAGACUGAUGUCAGCGGUAACAAGAUCGGAAUCCGCUGCAUCACCAAUUCCGGGACCAAUGGCUGCGGUCCCCUCACGACAUCGCUACCGACCAACAUCGACAUUAUGGAGAUGCACUUGUCUGAGACGCCGAAGAUGCACUACACUAUCUACAAGGGCACCCACGGAGUCCAUAGGUCCUAUGAGCUGCUCGGCCUGGGUGGUGAAUCGGCGGGUCAUUGCGAACCACAGCCCUGGCCGCCGAGUGAUCAAAAAUUCGCCAAUUGCGGAGAGUACACACUGUGGAAGAAGAUGAGGUGCUUGUCGUUCUAUACGGCGGAUUGGGUGAACGACUACGAGCGCGGUUGGCACCCGUGA